AGGAGACCGCUGAGCGACACAAGCGCCACUUUUGAAUCUAUUUAUAUAUUUCUUGUUUUAAUGGAAAAAUCGUCGUCGAAUUUUAUUCAAAAUGGAAAAAGGGAUCAUGGCGGAAAAUUGCGUCAAUAUAAUUACAAACUUGAAGAAGCAGAAUACCGAUAUUUCACCGAAGAACGGCUAUUCUAUCGUCGAAGAAAUCCAGUUGAGAAAAUCGCCCAGCGGAUUCCAAAGCCACAAAUUGAAGGAACAUUCACAUGGUCAGAUGAACUCCGAUGUAAUUAUGAUGGAAAUACUCAAUUUUUACCUGUCGAGGCGCUGGAGGGUUGUUUGCCGCUGGAAAAGCUAAAUCAGCACCUAAAACCUGGAUUUCGACUAGAAGUAGUCGUCCGACCGUCUCUGGAUCCUUCUAUAACCACUAAAUCUCCAGAAAUCCGCUGGUUCGGCGAGGUGACUGCUGUCUGCGGCUUCUACGUGGCAAUUAAAUUUGUGGGGGAACUUAAUAGAAGACCCUGCUGGUUUCAUAUGCUUUCAGAGGAUAUUUUCGAUAUUGGAAGCGGUCUCAAGCAGGAUCCAGCGAUGAAAUGGCUUCAAUACAGGCCACUGAGCUUGCUGAAACCGAUGCAAUGCCCGAAAUUUUGGCGACGUGGAUCUACGCCUGCACCGCCCGUACCACGGCCAACAGAGGAGAUUCUGGAUGAAUUUCAAGCCGAGCUGCACGAAAAUCGAAUCUCUGAGCCAAAAAUCUUCGACCAACUCCGCCACCUUGCCCACCGCCCAUCUCGUUUCCGGCUGAAUCAACGCGUCGAGCUACUCAACUACUUGGAGCCAACAGAAAUCCGUGUCGCACGGAUCCUCAGGAUCCUUGGCCGCCGUCUGAUGGUCAUGGUCACCGCUCAGGAUUAUCCCGAAGAUCUUCCUUCCGUAGAGGCCAAAGAUCGGCAGGUUCAGCAUGAAAACGUCGAGUUUUGGGUGGAUGAGUCGAGCUUCUUCCUGUUUCCAGUCGGAUUUGCAAUGAUUAAUGGAUUACGGACUAAGGCUACGGAAGGUUAUUUGGAACAUUCCAGACGGAUCGCAGAAGGUUCUGGAAGUUAUCAUAAAGAUGACGUCACUUUCGAGCAACUUUUUGCUGGGAAACCUGACAUUUCAGCUGAAAAAUUAAAUUUAUUAAAAGUCGGCCAAAAAUUUGAACUUUUGGAUCCACUCAGCGACCUACGCCAGUCAUUUUGCGUCGCAACAAUUCGAAAAAUAUGCAAAACGCCUGGAUUUUUAAUUAUUUCACCUGAUGAGACAGAAUCGGACGAUGAAUCCUUCCCAAUUCAUAUUGAUAAUCAUUUUAUGCAUCCUGUCGGCUAUGCUGAGAAGUUCGGAAUCAAGCUGGAUCGGCUUGCAGGCACUGAGCCCGGGAAAUUCAAGUGGGAAGGGUAUUUGAAGGAGAAGCAGGCGGAAAAAAUUCCUGAUGAGAUGCUUAGGCCGUUGCCGAGCAAGGAGAGAAGGCACAUGUUUGAGUUCGGUCGUGUCCUUGAAGCCGUCGGCCAAAACGAGACCUACUGGAUAUCACCGGCCUCCGUCGAAGAAGUACACGGUAGAACGGUGCUCAUCGAGUUUCAGGGAUGGGAUUCCGAAUUUUCCGAGCUUUAUGAUAUGGACUCCCACGAUCUACUUCCAGCCGGUUGGUGCGAAUUCUUCAAUUUCAAACUUCGACAUCCCGUACUUCCAGUGAACGAUCCGAACGCCGAAAACGGAGAAUACGAUUGAAUUUUAAAUAUUUUAUCGAUUUUACAUACCCUAUAAUUUUUUACUGAAAAUUUCCGUUUUUUCCUGUAAUUUUGUUUUUUUUUUGAGGUUUUCUUGUACUGAUUUUUAAAUUUCCCAAACACUGUUUCAUGUAACUCUGGCUGUGUAAUUAUUCGAUUUUCGUGAUCCUGGAACGAUCGUAACUUUAUCAGAUACCGUGCCCACCUUUAGUUUUGAUUUACCGUACAAUCGAAAAAUGGAAGUAAAUAACUUCAUAAUUUUCUUCUGAAUAUUGAAAAAGGACAAUUUUUUUAGGGUUCGGAUAUCAAUUUUUAGUCCUCUUCUACCAAUAAAAUGAACCAUUUUAGAGGAGUUUCAAAAUUGUGAAUUUUUGCCAUAAAUUGCCCAUUUUUGCCACUUUUUUAUAGUUUUUGAUAGGUUAAACCUAGAUUUUCUAAAUUCAGCAUAUUUACAUGAAUUAAAUACCCGUUUU